UAGGUGCAGAGGGUUAUAUCGGUGCGCCAUGCAAACCUGCCCCCAUGCCGAAAGGGGCAGGUUUGAUAAAGUUGAGCAGAGCAAAGUUAGAGGCGAGCGGUGCUAGAGCUAGGAUCACUGUGAUCCUCUGCAAGUGCAACAACAGCCAACACCGUUUUCCUUGUUAUUCGCGUUUCGUCUAGGAAAAGUUUACAGGAGGAGCAAGGCUAUGACAUGCGAGUAGCGAGCCGUACAGUUUGUCCGUGUUAACACCGGCGGAUUCUUGUUUUAUUCCCCCAAGAUGAAUAAAGACUUGAAGCGCCUCGCUGUGCCUUUGCUCCUCCUCGCCCUGUGCGUCGCGGUGCAGCGAUCCGACUCUGCGGCUUGUCAUGGAUGUGUGGGAUCCAAAUGUGACUGCAGUGGAGUAAAAGGAGAAAAGGGCGAGCGGGGUUUCCCGGGUCUCACUGGACAGCCAGGAGUCCCAGGGUUCCCUGGACCCGAAGGGCAGAUUGGACCCAGAGGAGAGAAGGGUAGUGAUGGACCUGUUGGACCAUCUGGACCAAAAGGAAUAAGAGGGCCUUCUGGAUUGCCAGGAUUUCCAGGAACACCAGGACUUCCAGGUCUGCCAGGGCAGGAUGGAGCACCAGGCCCAAGAGGAGUGCCGGGCUGCAAUGGGACGAAGGGUGAGAGGGGCUUUCCAGGAAGUUCAGGAAUCCCUGGGCAACAAGGACUACAGGGUCCGCCUGGUCUGCCAGGUCAGAAGGGAGACCAAGGUGAAGUGAUCUCCAAUGGUAUUUUUGGACAGAAAGGAGCAAUAGGAUUGCCUGGAUUGCCAGGAGUUCCUGGUGAUCCUGGACCCCCUGGUUUGCAAGGUCCACUAGGCCCCCCAGGACCCAGAGGUUAUGAGGGUCGUCUGGGUCCUCCUGGUCCUCCAGGACCUAAGGGAAACAUGGGUUUGAACUUCCAAGGACCAAAAGGAGAAAAGGGUGAUACCGGUUUGCCAGGCCCUCCAGGUCCUCCAGGACAAGUUGGAGAACAGAGCAAGCCACCUGAGGAUGAGAUUCAGAGAGGAGAAAAGGGUGAACCCGGACUUCCCGGACCUCCAGGUGAUCGAGGCUAUACAGGACCACCUGGUCCCUCUGGUGGCCAGAAAGGAGAGAAGGGUGAACCAGGAGAGCUUGGCAAACGAGGUAAACCAGGCAAAGAUGGUGACCCUGGUCCUCAAGGCUUUCCUGGAAUCAAAGGAGAAUCAGGCUUGCCAGGUCCUCCGGGCAGGGAUGGAGAGAGAGGUCUAAAAGGAGAUCGAGGAUUCCCAGGUCCACCAGGACCGGUGAUUAGCAAUGGGAUUGGAGGGGUUGGUCCUAAAGGUGAGCCUGGAUUUCCCGGAGCAGCUGGACGUAAAGGAGAGAGAGGGCCAUCAGGUUUGACAGGACCUCCUGGACCACAAGGACUUCCAGGCAUUGGUAGUGUUGGUCAGCCUGGACCUCCAGGUUUGCCAGGAGAAAGAGGUCAGAAAGGUGACAACGGAGCUCCAGGGCUCUCUUUGCCAGGUCCCCCAGGACGUCAAGGGUCUCCUGGUGUCCAGGGUCCAUCAGGGCCCCCUGGACCUCCAGGCUUUUCCACUGGAGGACAACCUUGCAUCCCUGGAAAUCCCGGGGAUCCUGGUGCACCAGGAGAAAGAGGUGUCCCCGGUGAAAUUGGCCGCAAAGGUGAGAAGGGCGACACCUGUGUGAACUGCUUAUACCCCGGACUCCCAGGACCUCCAGGACCGCCUGGAUUCGAUGGAUCUCCUGGCACCCCAGGUCUCAAAGGAGAGAGAGGUUUCCAAGGAUCACCUGGUGCCGCUGGCCCCCCUGGUCCCCCUGGUCUUCAAGGUUCUCCAGGAUUCCCUGGAACAAAGGGAGACCCAGGUGAAACCAUCACAGUCAACGGCCUAAAGGGAGAGAAGGGUGACACUGGCUUCCCUGGACCACCUGGUCUGCCCGGUCUGGAUGGUAAACCUGGUCGUGACGGAGCACCUGGAUCUCCUGGGCCCAAAGGCAUACCUGCUCCGCCGGUGAAAGGAGAAAGGGGGCCCUCCGGUGAACCAGGUGCCCAAGGUAUUCCAGGGGACAGAGGUCCACCAGGUGCCCCUGGAUUUGGACCUCAGGGGCCUCCAGGAGAGAAGGGUAUCCAGGGCAUUUCAGGAAUACCAGGAGCUCCUGGUGAACCCGGUCCUAAAGGUGACCCCGGCCGGACGAUGGGACUGAAAGGCUUACCAGGACCUAAAGGACAGGAUGGUGACCCUGGACCACCUGGUAUACCAGGAAACCCAGGACCAUCUGGACAGCCUGGUUUCCCUGGUUUACCAGGAGAGAAAGGUGAACCUGGAUUCCCAGGCCUAGGACUUCCAGGACCUCCAGGAACUAAAGGAUUCCCAGGUAUCGCCGGCCAGCCAGGAGUUCCUGGAGGACCAGGCAGACCCGGAGUAGAUGGACUUCCUGGUCAGCCUGGACUUGCUGGACCCAAGGGUGAGCCUGGCUUUGGACUUCCUGGCCCACGUGGUUUACCGGGAGCACCUGGAGCUAAAGGUUUUCCCGGAUCAAAGGGGGAUCCUGGUUUCCCUGGCAGCCCUGGUCCACUGGGACGGCCUGGAUUUGAUGGUGCUACAGGACCCAAAGGUGACCCUGGUAGACCUGGUACUCCUGGACUUCGUGGCCCACCUGGACCCUCCAUUGAUGGUGGGGUGGGACCUCCAGGCCUCCCUGGACUUCCUGGCCCGAUGGGACCACCAGGAAUCUCUGGAUCAGACGGAGCGAAAGGAGACCCCGGCCCCCCAGGGCUAGACAUCCCGGGUCUGCCAGGAGAUCGAGGACGUCCAGGCUUCCCAGGUUCCCCAGGACUAGUUGGACCCCCAGGACCCCCUGGAGGUCCUGGACGAGAUGGUCUGCCUGGCGUGCCGGGUCCGAAAGGAGACAUGGGUCCCAUGGGACCUCCAGGACCUUCUGGAGAGCCAGGACGUCUGGGAGAAUCUGGUGCUCCAGGACUUAAAGGUGAACUUGGAUUCCCAGGUAGAGACGGUACAGCUGGCGCUGCUGGGCCUAAAGGAGACAGGGGCGAACCUGGUGUCCAGGGACCCCCAGGAAUCCCUCCGCCAUUCCUAAAAGGAGACAAAGGAGAUCCAGGACUGCAAGGUGCACCAGGUUUUCCUGGUCAGAAAGGCUUCUCCGGAAGUCCUGGUGACCCCGGAGUGCCUGGAUCAGAUGGACGCCCUGGACUGCCUGGACCACCAGGUCCUAAGGGAGAUCAAGGCAUUCCAGGAGGCCCAGGAGCUCCUGGAGCUUCAGGUCUAAAGGGCAAUAUGGGAGAAAUGGGAUUUCCAGGACCACCAGGGCAGAAGGGUCUACCAGGUCAGUCAGGAUGGCCAGGAUCCCCAGGACAACCAGGAUCACCUGGUUUUCCUGGACCUAAAGGUGAACCGGGUUCUGGUGGAGUUGGAGAUCCCGGACCACCUGGACUUAAGGGUGAGCCAGGCAAGUCAGGGAUUCCAGGAAGUCCAGGACUCAAAGGAACUCCAGGCUCACCCGGUCUCCCAGGUUUACCAGGAGGGCCAGGUUCCAAAGGUGACCCUGGCCUCCCAGGUUUCCAAGGUGCUCCCGGUGUUCCUGGUCCUAAAGGUCUCGAUGGUAGUCCCGGUGUCCCAGGUCCCUCUGGAGCUCCCGGCAGACCAGGAGAACUCGGCCGAUCAGGACCACCAGGGCUGCCAGGAGAGAAGGGUCAAGCAGGCCGGGAUGGGAUCCCAGGACCAGCUGGAGUUAAAGGAGAGCCAGGGCUUCCUGGUUUUGGUGGUCCUGGUCCUCCUGGGCCACCAGGGCUGCAAGGUUCUAAGGGAGACCCAGGUUUUCCUGGGCCACCUGGCGGUCCUGGAUUCCCCGGCAGUAAAGGAGAAGCUGGCUUCCCUGGCAACCCCGGUUCUCCAGGCAACAUGGGCCCUCCUGGGCCUCCAGGACCGUCCCUGCCAGGUCCUAAAGGCCUCCAAGGAUCCCCUGGCCCACCUGGAAGAGCAGGUCCCUCAGGUCCUCCAGGUCCACCUGGUCCGGAGGGCCCGCGUGGCCCCCCAGGAAGCGGUGGCGUGAAAGGAGAGAAGGGUAUUCCUGGCGCUUCUGGCCAGCCAGGCUUCCAAGGACAGAAGGGAGAGGCUGGUGUUCCAGGAUUCCCAGGUCCAUCCGGUGCUGCUGGUGCCAACGGUUUAAAGGGAGAAAUGGGUCUGCCUGGUGCUCCUGGAUUCCCUGGGCCAAAGGGAGACCUAGGACCCCCCGGUUUUAAUGGUCCUCCUGGAAACCCUGGAGACCCUGGAAUGCCAGGCCCUCCAGGUGACCCUGCUAUGCCUCCAACACCCAUCGAUGUGAAGGGAGACCGAGGACCUCCCGGUCCCCGAGGCCAGCCUGGUGUGCGGGGCCCACCUGGUGCUCCUGGACGCGAUGGACUCCCAGGUGAGCCAGGUGACCCCGGGGAUCCUGGUUUGGAGGGUUCUCCUGGCUUCAGUGGCCAACCCGGCAGGAAGGGAGACAGUGGACGCCCCGGUGAUCGUGGUGAUCGUGGCUAUCCUGGUCCCCCUGGUCCUGACGGUCCUCAGGGUCCUCCUGGCCCACCAGGAUCCCACUCUGCAGCCCACGGGUUCCUCAUCACCCGACAUAGCCAGAUUCAGGAAGUGCCUAUCUGUCCCGAUGGAACUAAUCUCAUCUAUGAGGGGUACUCCCUGCUGUACGUGCAAGGCAAUGAGAGGGCGCACGGACAGGACCUUGGCACAGCUGGCAGCUGUCUACGCAGGUUCAGCACUAUGCCCUUUAUGUUCUGCAACAUUAACAACGUCUGCAACUUCGCCUCUCGUAAUGACUACUCCUACUGGCUGUCCACACCUGAGCCCAUGCCCAUGUCUAUGGCUCCCAUCACUGGAGAGGGCAUCAAGCCAUAUAUUAGCAGGUGCGCAGUGUGUGAAGCUCCAGCCAUGGUGAUUGCAGUCCACAGUCAGACCAUCCAAAUUCCUACUUGUCCUUUGGAGUGGGAUGCUCUGUGGAUAGGAUACUCCUUCAUGAUGCACACCAGCGCAGGUGCGGAGGGCUCCGGCCAGGCCCUGGCUUCCCCUGGCUCCUGCCUGGAGGAGUUCCGCAGUGCUCCCUUCAUAGAGUGCCAUGGCAGGGGGACGUGCAACUACUAUGGAAACUCCUACAGUUUCUGGCUGGCCACUGUAGAGCCUAGUGAGAUGUUCAGGAAGCCCCAAUCGGAGACUCUCAAGGCAGGUAACCUACGGACACGAGUCAGCCGUUGUGUGGUCUGCAUGAAGAAUAUAGGGAGGACGUAGCAGCACAUGGCAACGAGCACACCCACCGUUGCCAGGGAUACCCAGUCAAUAAGAAGACGCGAUUGGCUGAAGGGGGACAAGCAGGGAAGAGAGGUGGUUACUGUGACUGUGAUGACGAGGUGGAGUUCUUAUGGUGCAUUGUCUUCCGGGAAAACGAAAACUACAACAAUGGUGCUACUGUGCAACACAGCUUAAAAAAAAGAAAAAAACUGACGUAAAUAAAUCUUACAUUUAGCUGUUUUUUCUUAAGAAGUACCUCAAAAUGAAAGCAGAAAAAUAUCCACUAAAUGGUGCCAUGAUGGAUGUGUGACAACAAAAGUGCGUUUGUCAUUCAUUGUUUCCUUUCUCUUUUUUUAAUAAUCAUUUCUGACGUUGGUGCAACAAAAAUGUGAUACUGUACAUCCAUUUCUAGAGAGAAACGCUCUUCGCUUGUUUGUUUUGUUUCUUUCAUUUUGUUUUUGGCCUUAUUGAUAAGGAGUGGAUAUUUACCAAAUCGGCACUUUGACUUCAGAACAUCCAAGAUGAGAGAUGCACUGACGAUGAGCUCAGUGAGACUGACUGCCUUUUAUAUUGCUAGCUCCUUUUCACACACUCUGUCAUUUUAAGUUUCACCUGGUGGUACUAACCCUGUUGUAGCCCACCUGCCUAGCCAUCAGCCUACAGCUUUCUCUUUUUUGUAAGUAAUAAAAUGUGUAUAUUGUGUAAAACACCUUUUUGUUUUUAGUGUAUGAGGUCCUGAUUCAGUGCCAGCUGUUUGUUAUAAGACCAUUUUCCAGGUUCUUUUUAGCUCGCACACUCAU